AUGGCAAACGAUGCGGGCCAUCGUGCGGAUACCCCCCCGGAGGCGGUCCCAGAGCAGAGAUACGAAAUGCAAAGCACGGCGUCUUUGCUAAUGCAGACGCUACCGAUGCUCAUCGUGGCGCUCCUAGGUCUCUUGCUCUCCGGUGCUGUGCUCGCCAACAUCACGCAUUGGAGCGCGUUCUCCAAGGUAGACAAGUUUUUCAUCCUGGUCCCCAUCAUGAUGAAUCUAAAAGGGAAUUUAGAGCUGAACCUGUCUCUGCGUAUGUCUACAGCAGCAAAUAUCGGCGAGCUUGACAAUCGGCGGACGCGUCGCGCAAUCGUUUUGGGAAACAUGGCACUGCUCCAAGCACAAGCGUUGAUUGUCGCUUUUGCCGCUGGCAUCCUGUCUUUUAUUUUAGGGAGCCAUGAUCGCUCCCCCUCCGAUGCGAAUGUCCACGCACGAGGCCAAGUACAUACCCCGGGCCAUGCCUCAAUGGACCGCGCCGCGCGGCUACAAAAUGGCUACUUUGAAUUUGCACUUGUGCUUGCUGUAUCCAUGCUUGCAGCGUCGCUGUCCUCUGCCGUGCAAGGCAUGAACCUUUGUGCGCUUGUCAUUCUGUCGCGGUGCAGCAAGAUGAAUCCAGACAACACCGUCGUGCCCAUUGCAGGCUCGCUUGGCGAUUUGAUCGCCAUUACAAUGCUGGGGCUCCUGGCCGCGGGAAUGCUACAGUUUGAGGGCACUGGCAUUGCGACUGUUGUCUUUUCGCUGCUCAUUAUACUGUGCAUUGUGUUUCUUGUGGUCACGCUGCGUAAUGCCUACGUGCACGAACUGGUCGCGCACGGCUGGACGCCGUUGUUCUCCGCGGCGCUCAUUAGCUCUUUUGCCGGCGUGCUACUCGACAAGAAUGCCGCACGCUUCGAGGGAUUGCCGCUGCUAUCUCCCAUAGUCGCGGGGCUUCCCGGCGUUGCUGCUGCGAUCCUUGUCUCGAGCAUGUCUUCUGCACUGCACAGCGGCAAUGUGGUUGCGCCCACGCGAAGUGUGACGCAGGGCGAGUAUGUGCCGCUGACACAGCGCGGCGCACCCGAGCGCCCAGCAGCGUCCAGUGUGGGCCACGGCAUAUUAGCGCAAGUCCUCGCCUCGCUGCGGCCUUGUGCGCCAUUGCAAGGAUGGCGACUUCCCAUCUUUUUGCUUCUAUCCACCUCGGGUGUCCAGAUUGGGUUUGUAUUUCUACUGCGGCUCCUUGGCUUUCUGCGCUUUGGGUGGCUGUUUGGGGUCUUGUUUUCUGUCCUGACGGUGCUACUAAUUUGCACUGCGCUGUGCAUGUCCCACUGGCUCUGCUUUUUCCUAUGGUACUGGGACUUUGAUCCCGAUACGUCCUGCAUGCCGUACGUCACGGCCAUUAUCGACUUGCUCGGCCAGCUGCUGCUCUUUGCGCUCUUUGCAGCCGUGAGUUACAUGAGCGACCCUGUGAAGACACACUAG